AUGGCCCCUCCAGAGUAUGAGGCCAAGAAGCAUCGCACACGCCGCGACUAUGGUUACCACCAAGUCCACCAGACUCGAUGGUUUGACAAUGACAUGUACGCGCACUUGAACAAUACCGUCUAUACUGCUCUCUUCGACACCAUUGCAAACACAUACCUGAUCGAACACUGCGGCGUGAACCCCUUCAGCGUGAACAACCCCACCCCCAAGAGCGCUGAUGGAAAACCGUCCAUCCUGAAUGCGGGCACCGAUCAAAUUGGGCUUAUUGCCUCGACACACUGCGACUUCUUUGGCUCCGUGGCAUUCCCAGAUCUCCUGGAGGUGGGGCUACGUGUCGCUAGGCUUAGCAAGUCCAGCGUUACCUGGGAAAUCGGGAUUUUCCGUAAAGGCGAGGAAGACGUGAAGAUGGUUGGGACGUAUACACAUGUCUUUGUCCUGAGAGAGACCAUGCGCACUGGUAAAAAUGGCAUGGAGCCCCGAGUGCGCCAGGGACUCGAGAAGCUGCUGAGCCCACCGGAGGCAAAGCUGUGA